AUGUACCGAGUCUUGACCAGUUAUAUUACCACCAUUGUCCCGGCUGAUGUUAAAGAAGUCUUGGAUACAUUCCAAAUUGCUGCUGAACUAGGGAGUGAUUCACUUGGAGCUUAUGUGAUCUCUAUGGCCUCAAGUGCAAGUGAUGUCCUUGCAGUUGAGCUUUUACAAAAGGAUGCACGGCUCGCUGCUACUGGAGAGUUGGGAAGAGCAUGUCCUGGUGGAACGUUGCGGGUUGUCCCUCUAUUUGAAACCGUGAAGGACCUAAGAGAAGCUGGUUCAGUUAUCCGGAAACUUUUAUCAAUAGACUGGUACCACGAACACGUCAUUAAGAAUCACAACGGUCAUCAAGAGGUUAUGGUUGGAUAUUCUGAUUCUGGUAAAGAUGCUGGACGCUUCACUGCUGCAUGGGAACUUUACAAAGCUCAGGAGGAUGUUGUUGCUGCUUGCAAUGAUUACGGUAUUAAAGUUACACUGUUCCAUGGCCGUGGAGGCAGUAUUGGCCGGGGUGGUGGCCCUACAUAUCUGGCUAUUCAAUCCCAGCCACCCGGAUCUGUGAUGGUAGGUUAUACAUUUAGCUUUAUCAUUGUUAAUUUUUUUUCUUUCUAAAAAUGUUCUGCUUGA